CAGGGGGGAAGCGGAGGCGGAGCUAUACCUCAACAAGAAGGUGAUUUCUUCAUCUCCCACCCACGUCCGAUUCUCUUGUUCGGAGUCUGCACUACCCUGGGAUCGAAGAGCUCUGAAUGGUGCUUCUUGCUCGUUCGGCCUUGCUCGGCGAGAGUUGUGGAGAAGACGGUGUGGGGCGUGUUCAUUCUCUUUCUUUGCUUUCCAAACUUGGUUCUCGGAGGCGGGCUGUGACCUGCGAGUAACCGCCUGAAGGAAGGAGGAAAUGGGUGCUUUCGCUGAGUGGGGUAAGGAAGUUGGGAGAAUCGCCUUUUCUGCUGUGUCCUUGGAGUCCGGCGGUUGCCGGGGCAGCAGAAGCGGCUGAAUGGGCAGGGAAGUGAUAGUCUAUGCGCUUAGUGGACCAGUUGCAAGUCAUUGUUAAGAGAUGGUUCAAGAAAAUCUACCUCACAAAUUCCGUUUGUUUGCCCAUGUGCUGCAUCACUGGAGAUCUCAACAGGAACUUGUCAGUUAUUUUUGAAAGUCUCAGGAGAAUAUACGGACAUCAGGUCAAUGUAUUAGACUCUAGGAAUGGGUCAAAAUAUGAAGCAUUCUCAAUUCAGCAGGCCAAUCUAUUAUCCAUAAGUAUGUUAAGAAAGCUUAAAAACACUUCAUAUAGUACUCUCUAUAGUUCUUAAUUAUUCAGGAAAGGUAGCUUGAUCUCUUCUGAAAUCAACUGGCUUUCUCUAAUCUUGUCUUGGAGAUAUUAAAUGGAAUGCAGUCAUGUCUACUCAUGAAGGAAUACAGAUCAACACAGACUAUGCUGUUGCUUUGUUAGAACAGUUAAAAUCAUUCUACGAACAGCAAUUGCUAACUGACAUUGUUUUAAUUGUUGAGGGCACUGAAUUCCCAUGUCAUAAGAUGGUUCUUGCUACGUGCAGCUCUUACUUCAGGGCAAUGUUCAUGAGCGGUCUGAGUGAAAGCAAGCAAACACAUAUUCAUCUGAGGAAUGUUGAUGCAACUACUUUUCAGAUCGUAAUAACUUAUGCUUAUACGGGUAAUUUGGCAAUAAAUGACACAACAGUUGAACAGCUUUAUGAAACAGCUUGUUUCCUACAGGUCGAUGAUGUGUUACAUCAGUGUAAGGAAUAUUUAAUUAAAAAAAUUAAUGCUGAAAACUGUGUGCGGCUUUUGAGUUUUGCUGAUCUUUUUAGUUGUGAGGAGUUAAAACAGAGUGCUAAAAGAAUGGUAGAACACAAGUUUACACUUGUAUAUCACCAAGAGGCUUUCAUGCAGCUCUCACAUGAUCUGUUGAUAGAUAUUUUGAGCAGUGACAAUUUAAAUGUGGAAAAAGAAGAAACAGUUCGUGAAGCUGCUAUGUUGUGGCUGGAGUAUAAUACCGAAUCCCGAUCACAGUAUUUGUCAUCAGUUCUUAGCCAAAUAAGAAUUGAUGCACUUUCUGAAGUUACACAACGAGCUUGGUUUCAAGGCUUACCGCCAAAUGAUAAAUCAGUAGUGGUUCAAGGGUUGUAUAAAUCUAUGCCGAAGUUUUUUAAACCAAGACUUGGAAUGACUAAAGAGGAAAUGAUGAUCUUCAUUGAAGCUGCUGCUGAAAGUCCUGGUAACCUUUACUCUUCAGUAUGUUACAGCCCACAGGCUGAAAAAGUUUACAAACUCUGCAGUCCUCCUGCUGAUCUCCAUAAAGUUGGGACACUUGUAACUCCUGAUAAUGAUAUUUAUAUAGCGGGUGGGCAAAUCCCACUGAAAAGUACAAAAAUCAACUAUGGCAAAACUAGCAAAUUUCAAUUUGCCUUCCGUACUGUGAAUUGUUUUUACUGGUUUGAUGCCCAACAAAAUACAUGGUUUCCAAAGAGUCCAAUGCUAUUUGUUCGUAUAAAGCCGUCUCUUGUUUUCUGUGAAGGUCUUAUCUAUGCAAUUGGUGGAGACAGUGUUGGUGGAGAACUUGACAGAAGAACUGUAGAAAGAUAUGAUACUGAGAAAGAUGAAUGGACUAUGGUAAGCCCUCUGCCCUGUGCUUGGCAGUGGAGUACAGCCGUUGCUCUUCAUAAUUGCAUUUAUGUAAUGGCACACAAUUUGAUGUACUGUUACUUCCCCAGAUCAGAUGCUUGGGUUGAAAUGGCUACAAGACAAACUAAUAGAUGCUUUGCUUCAGCUGCUGCUUUUCGGGAUAAAAUAUUUUAUAUUGGAGGCUUGCAUGUUGGCGGCAAUCUUGGUAUAGGAUUACGUCCUCGGGCUGUAACUGGACCUUCCUUAGCAGUGGAAGUUUAUGACGUGAAUAAAAAUGAAUGGCAAAUGACCGCCAAAAUUCCUGCCAAGCGUUAUUCUGAUCCCUGUGUCAGAGCUGUUGUGAUUUCUAACUCAUUGUGUAUCUUCAUACGAGAAACUCAUAUGCAUGAAAGAGCCAAGUAUGCUACAUACCAAUAUGACAUGGAACUUGAUCGUUGGUUUUUGCGACAGGAUAUAUCUGAGCGGGUACUCUGGGAUUUGGGAAAAGACUUCCGAUGCACUGUGGGAAAACUAUAUCCAUCUUGUCUUGAAGAGUCCACAUGGAAACCUCCAUCAUACCUAGUCUUUCCUUACACAGAUGAUGAGUUUGAAAUUGAGGAAGAUGUUCCACUGCCACCUGUAUAGCUCCCUUAUUCAAAGACUGCAUGCCUGUAACUAAUGAACAUUGUAUUUGAGAGACUAGAGCUGCAAAAUGAAAUGUUAACUUGUCUUGUAUGUAUGCCCUAAUUUUUUUUGUGGCCAUUGAGUUUAAAUUAGUAAAAAAUCUUACUAGAUAUGCUUCCAUAAUCUCAGUCCCUCUGAUAGUUGAUGGAAUCUCUCUCACACACACAACACACACACAGAUGUUUAGGUGUGUGAUAUGUUUGUAUGUGUAUGAUCAUAUAUGUAUCAUGAUUAUAUGUAUUAUCUAUAUGUAUCUAUAUUUCAAGCUUAAAGUCUCUGCUUAUUGUCUAAAUUUUUACUCCUGCGAAAACAGUGAGUUCUGGAACUUUUCACAAAGCAGCUUCUAUUUCUAGAAUGUUAUAUUAAUUGCUCAAAAUACCUUCCAGUUAUAUUUAAAUGAGUUCUGGAAAUAUCUGUAUGUGCUUGUUAUAUAGAUUGUAUAGCUGAAUGAAAUGUGCUGCAUUCAAUACACACAGUUGUAUUGGUGUAAUAAUACCAUGUAAAAGAAUAAAAUCCCAUGGAUCUACCUAUGAUAGGAAGGGUAGAUCUUCCAUUUUAUGGUGAUAUGCAGGGCAAAAUGACUGCAGGUUCAGUCGAGCUAUUUGAUGAUGAAGAUGACUAGGUGCAUGUAUUUUCACUAACUUAUACCUGUUUAUUUAGAAUACAGGUCUUCCGAGCAGCUGGUAGUUUACCAGGUGUGAAGUGAUAUUGCUGGGUUUGCAGUAAGAAUUGCUAGCCCUUCCAAGUGCGGGUCUCUGUGGAGCUUUUGAUCAGUAAAUAGCUCCAUGUUCUGUAUUUCAGAAACAUUGGCUCAUGAAUAUUAGUUCUUGCUGCUUAUUUUCCCCUAC